CCUCGGGGCCUUGGAGGCCUUCGGCCUGAGAAGACAGGGAGUGUUUCUCCUGUUAUUCAGAGGAAGACAAGUGGUUGGCAUCACCGUUGGAUUCUGGUCCGUCAGACGUUUGGAUCAGAACCAGCUGAAGCUCCACGGACCAGACCGACCCUGAAGAUGCAGAUCCAGUUUUUAACCACCGUGGAUCUUCGGGAUGAUCCGGAUCACCGACGGUGAGGAGGCUGAUGGCGGCAGGAAACCGCAGCGCCCUCUGCUGGAGCUGCAGGAUGGUGGGCUGUCGGGUCCAGAAGAGUCCCUCAGAGACCGUCAGCAGCAGGUAGCUUCAGAGAACUGGUCCGGCUGGUCCGGCUGGUCCGGCUGGUCUCACCCACAGUGGUUCUGGUUUGCAGGAUCAGUUCUGCUGGACCUUCAACCAGGAUUCCACCACCACAAUGAAGAUGUGAUCUAGACCCUAUCCAAGAACUGAUUCCAGAUCCAGGUCUCAGACUGCUGUGUGUGUGUGUGUGUGUGUGUGUGUGUGUGUGUGUGUGUGUGUGUGUGUGUGUGUGUGUGUGUGUGUGUGUGUGUGUGUGUGUGUGUGUGCGUGAGAGGGAGAGAGAGAGAGAAUGAGGGCAAUCAAGAGCACACACACCUGCUCUCUUCUCUCUGGUUGGUGUGUCUGAGCACCCUCCUCCUCCUCUUCCUCACACACCCUUGUCUCUCUCCCUCCUUUUAUAGUCAGGCCCCGCCCUCUGUGGUGAUGUCAGCGGCUUGGAGGAGGACCCGUGGGGUUUUUGGGUUUUGGCGUCCAGUCCUGUGGGGCCGCAGGGCUGAGAGUUUCUCCUCCGCUCCUCAUCCCUCCAUCCCGGCCUCCUCUCCUCGUCUCUUUGGGGAAAAGAAAAAAGAUUUUCCGUCCGGACUGCGUUUCCUCUGAGGACUUUAUUUCUUCUUCUUCUCUUCUUUCUCCGUGGCUUCAACAUGUCUGAUGACUUUUAAGCCGAAUUUCUGACCUCCAGUCAGGAAAAAGUUGAAUUAAGUCAGAAAAAAGCCAAAGUUCUACAGACAUUAAAAACUCUCCAUCUUCUCUUCUUCUUCUUCUCUUCUCCAUUUUGUCUUCUCCAUCUUUUCUUCUUCUUCUUUGGUUUAUUUUGGACUCAGUUUUUCAGAUAAUGUCCAAUAUCCAGAUGGUCUCUGUCCAGUAAAGCGUCCAUUUGUCUGCUGGGCUUCUUCCUCUCCUCCUCCUCCUCCUCCUUCUUCUUCUUCUUCUUUUUUCUGCGGCGGUGUUUCUGCUGCAGCCCGGGGCCCCUGAGAUGUUCGGGAUCCAGGACAACCUGCCCCGCGGGGCCACGGCCAACAUGAAGGAGGAGCCGCUGGCUGUUCGCUCCUGGAUGCACUCGGCCGGCGUGGUGGACGCCAACACGGCUGCUCAGAGCGGGGUGGGGUUAGCCCGAGCUCACUUUGAGAAGCAGCCUCCGUCCAACCUGCGAAAGUCCAACUUCUUCCACUUCGUUCUGGCGCUGUACGACCGGCAGGGUCAGCCCGUGGAGAUUGAACGCACGGCCUACGUGGACUUCGUGGAGAAAGAGAAGGAGCCGGGUGGAGAGAAGACCAACAACGGGAUUCACUACAAGCUGCAGCUGCUCUACAGUAAUGGAGUGAGGACAGAGCAGGACCUCUACGUUCGCCUCAUCGACUCCAUGACCAAACAGGCCAUAAUUUAUGAAGGUCAAGACAAGAAUCCAGAGAUGUGCCGAGUUCUGUUGACGCACGAGAUCAUGUGCAGCCGUUGCUGCGAUAAGAAAAGCUGUGGAAACCGGAAUGAGACGCCAUCAGACCCCGUCAUCAUCGACAGGUUCUUCCUGAAGUUUUUCCUCAAGUGUAACCAGAACUGUCUGAAGAACGCAGGAAACCCCAGAGACAUGAGGAGGUUUCAGGUGGUGGUUUCUACAACGGUGAACGUGGACGGUCAUGUUCUCGCUGUAUCUGACAACAUGUUCGUGCACAACAACUCCAAACAUGGCCGCCGAGCCCGUAGGCUGGACCCAUCUGAGGCAGCCACCCCCUGUAUAAAAGCCAUCAGUCCCAGUGAGGGCUGGACGACGGGCGGCGCCACUGUUAUCCUUAUCGGAGACAACUUCUUCGAUGGGCUGCAGGUCAUCUUCGGCACCAUGCUUGUAUGGAGUGAGCUGAUCACCCCUCAUGCCAUCCGGGUUCAGACUCCACCCCGUCACAUCCCUGGCGUGGUCGAAGUCACGCUGUCCUACAAAUCCAAGCAGUUCUGUAAAGGAGCGCCAGGACGCUUCGUCUACACAGCACUCAAUGAGCCUACCAUUGAUUAUGGCUUCCAGAGGUUACAGAAGGUCAUCCCUCGUCACCCUGGAGACCCAGAGAGAUUGCCUAAGGAGGUUCUGUUGAAGCGAGCAGCAGACCUGGUGGAGGCGCUGUAUGGGAUGCCUCAUAACAACCAGGAAAUAAUUUUGAAGCGGGCAGCAGACAUUGCUGAAGCUCUCUACAGCGUUCCCAGGAACCACAACCAGAUCCCGUCAAUAGGCAACACCACCUCACACGGCAUGAUGGGGUUGAACUCCUUCAGUGGACAGCUGGCCGUCAACGUCUCCGAGACAACACAAGUUGGUUACAGUCGAAACACCAGCAGCGUGUCACCACGUGGAUACGUACCGAGUUCCACCCCCCAACAGAGUAACUAUGGCAACACUGUCAGCAACAGUAUGAAUGGCUACGGGAAUGCUGGUAUGCCGAACCUCGGAGUGGCGACAUCUCCAGGUUUCCUGAAUGGGUCGUCUGGCAACUCGCCGUACGGCAGUAAGUAUCAAGUCAUCCCCUCCAGUCCCACCAUGGCCGUCUCCAAUUGUAACUCCUCACACGGCGUUUUCUCCUUUUCUACUGCCGUCAAACAGAAGAGCGCAUUUGCUCCUGUUGUCCGGCCACCAGCUUCACCUCCUCCCAACUGUUCUACCAACAAUGCUAACGGGCUUCAAGCCAUGUCCGGCCUCGUCGUUCCUCCCAUGUAGAAAAGCUUCCUUCUCCAUCACGUCUCUCCUCUCCCCCAGCCACAAGCACCAAUCACCUCGGAGGGGGAGGGGCCUGUGACCUCAGAAAGCGGGGCCUCGGACAGCAGCCAACCAGUCAGAUGGCUGUCUGUCACGUGAUUGGACAAAAUGUUUUUUACUUCAGCUCUGCAACUGUUCUUUUCUAUGUUUGGGGGUUUAGUUUCUUUAUUUAAAUAUGUGAUAUCACACUUUCGUUAUGACAUCACUUCCUCUACUUGUGAUGUAAUUUUGCUUGAAAGGGAGAUCAGAGGCCUCAGAUAUAAGAAAUUAGAAUCAAAAGAACUUUGCUCAUCCCUGAUUGGUCAAACGCUGCUGCCAGGUCGCACCUUAAUGACAUCAGUGGUACCUGAAUCCAGAUGGAUCUCAGCUGGUCCACAUCCUACAGAAGAAACAUGGAAGAUUCCGGAUUCCAGGACGAGAGGAAGGAGUGAGCAGUUUUCUUCCUACGCUGAGAUGAAGGAACGUUGCUCCAUGUUUUUAUUUUUGAGGAAUGUCAGGAGAAAAGAUUUAAAGCUUCGUAAGAGGAAAAAGCUAAACUUCCCAACACGGAGCAUCCGUCCGUUCCAGUCCAUGCAGACCUUCUUUCUUUCUUUCUUUCUUU